UCCAGAAGUCGCUUUUUAAGGUGUAUAUUCAGCUUUUCCUUAAUCCCAUUGUUGGAUCGAGGCAUCGACAGGUCGUCCGGUUGCAUUGUCAAGUCCAGGCAGUGGGUUUCGACACGAAAUUUAGGCAGCUGAUUUUCGAACAUCCAACUGUCAACAGCACUUUGACAGCUGGCUUCAGAAAAUUUUUCGUGCGUGUGUGGAUCGCUUCUUUGCUGACGCAGCGGAGGACAUUUUUGGCUUGGAUUUUUAUUCAUCUGGAUUAUUAUCCUCCGGAAGGAAGUUCUAAACGUGGACCAGGAUGUCGGCUCACGACCAGAUGCGGGCGAUGCUGGAUCAGCUCAUGGGAACGGCUAGAAAUGGCGAAACCAACAGAUAUUCUACCAAAUUCUACGACAGCAAAGUAUGUAAGAGUUUUUUGAUAGGCUGCUGUCCACAUGAGAUUCUUGCAUCAACGCGCAUGGAUCUGGGAGAAUGUCCGAAGGUGCACGAUCUCGCUCUGAGGGCUGACUAUGAGAACGCAUCUAAAAGCAAAGAUUAUUACUAUGAUGUCGAUGCUAUGGAACACCUUCAAGCGUUUAUAGCAGAUUGUGAUCGUCGCACCGAGGCUGCCAAGAAGCGUCUGGCCGAAACACAGGAAGAGCUUACUGCCGAGGUGGCUGCCAAAGCCAAUGCCGUCCAUGAGCUAGCCGAAGAAAUUGGUAAGAAAUUAGCUAAAGCAGAAGCAUUAGGUGAAGCCGGUCAGGUUGAGGAAAGUAUGAAGCUGAUGUCGGAAAUCGAUGAGCUACGGGCCAAGAAAUCGAAGGCGGAGCAGGAAUAUCGCAGUGCCAUUCCAGCGAGCAGCUACCAGCAGCAAAAGUUGCGCGUUUGUGAGGUUUGCUCCGCCUAUUUGGGCAUUCAUGACAACGACGUACGAUUAGCGGAUCAUUUCGGGGGUAAGCUCCAUUUAGGGUUCUUGGCUAUCCGGGAAAAGUUGGUGGAACUGGAGAAAACGGCUGGCCCAAGGCAAAAAGAACUGCGCAAAAGUGGCCGCAGAGAUCUCGACAACGAGGAUCGUGGACGGUCUCGAUUUGUCGGCAGCCGUGAACUUGAUCGACGCUCCCGUACUUUGUUCAGAGAACGUAGCAGAGAGCGCGAACGUGAUCGCCGUGGAGAUCGUGAACGCAAGCGAUCAUCGGAACGCCGUAAAUCAAGGAGCCGUUCGCGUGAACGUCGUUCUCGGAGCCGGGAUCGCCAUUCGGAGCGACGAGACCGUGAUCGGGAACGCGAUCGUUCCCGGGAUCGGGACCGUCGUCGACGAUCUCGCUCCAGAGAAAGAUCCAGACGGUAAGCCAGUCAUUAAAUUUAUCAAUCUUAACUAUUUCUACCACGAGCUGAUCGGAUUCUGAUGGAGAAGAAAAUUGGAAGGGCAGAUGUUGAGCAACGCCAACAGGAUGUACCAGAAUUCGUAAGAGUAUCUUGAUUAUUAUUUAUGUCUUACCUUCAUGUGGUAUUGCUCAAAAUAGAAUAUCCCUUUUUUUUCUUUUCUUCUAUUGUGAAAAGUGACAAAAGAUGACAGGUGUUAAAUGUGUAGUGCAAGAUAGACUUUCAUUAAACAUGGAUACUUUAAUAGAAGUAUCCAACUAGUUAACAAUACAACAUGUCAUCAGUAAAUUUUAACCGGUAGAGCUAGUUUACAACGAUUCAAGCGGCCCUGCCCUGGCGCAAUAUUUCAAAAACAGUGUAUUAUCGGAAGCUGCUGUCUCUUUGUUUCGGGAUUUCGAUUUGGACCAUUGGUAAGAGCCACUUUUGUUUCUAAUCCGUAGCUUAACUGAUAGCAAACUGUACGAUAUGAUUGAUUUCUAAAUUAAAUUUAAUUAAUCACCACAUCAUUUUCAAUAGGGAAAAAAACAAGUUUACAAAAAGACAAACUAUCUUUUUAUUUUCUUUUUUAAAAUAAAAAGAAGCAUUGAGUUGAGUGUAGAAAUACUACAUUUUCAGCUGACAUCCGUUCUUGAACUUAGAGUCUAUGCAAUUAACAACAUCCCACAAUUUAUUGAAUGUUCUUAGCGUGUAAGUUUAGAAUUUCACAGUCUACAAUUUGUCUUAAACAGGCUGGCCAUGCGGAAGCCGAUAAAUGCCCUAUUGUAAGUCUUAUCAAAUAUUUCAAUAAAGAAUAAAUCAAGCAA